CUGCGCACCGCCCAGGCCGAGCUGGUGCGUCGGGGACACGGACUAGGGAGUGCGAACCAGUCAUGGCCACCACCAACGGGGCUGUGGAAAACGGACAGCCGGAUGGAAAACCGCCUGCCUUGCCGCGCCCCAUCCGCAACUUGGAGGUCAAGUUCACCAAGAUAUUUAUCAACAACGACUGGCACGAAUCCAAGAGUGGAAGAAAGUUUGCCACAUAUAACCCUUCAACACUAGAGAAAAUAUGUGAGGUGGAAGAAGGAGAUAAGCCCGAUGUGGACAAGGCUGUGGAGGCCGCUCAAGCUGCCUUCCAGCGGGGAUCCCCAUGGCGCCGGCUGGAUGCCCUGAGCAGAGGCCAGUUGCUGCAUCAGCUGGCUGACCUUGUAGAAAGGGACCGUGCGAUCCUGGCUACUCUGGAGACCAUGGACACCGGCAAGCCAUUCCUUCAUGCCUUUUUCGUCGACCUGGAAGGCUGUAUUAAGACCUUCAGAUAUUUUGCCGGGUGGGCAGACAAAAUCCAGGGCAGGACCAUCCCCACAGAUGACAACGUUGUGUGCUUCACCAGGCAUGAGCCCAUCGGGGUGUGUGGGGCCAUUACACCAUGGAACUUCCCCCUGCUGAUGCUGGCCUGGAAACUGGCUCCUGCCCUGUGCUGUGGGAACACCGUGGUCCUGAAGCCAGCUGAGCAGACCCCUCUCACCGCUCUGUACCUGGCCUCUCUCAUCAAAGAGGUCGGGUUCCCUCCGGGUGUGGUGAACAUUGUACCAGGCUUCGGGCCCACUGUGGGAGCAGCGAUUUCCUCCCAUCCGCAGAUCAACAAGAUAGCCUUCACCGGCUCCACAGAGGUUGGAAAGCUGGUCAGAGAAGCCGCCUCCCGGAGCAACCUGAAGAGGGUCACACUGGAGCUAGGAGGCAAGAACCCGUGCAUCGUGUGUGCAGAUGCUGACUUGGACUUGGCCGUCGAGUGUGCUCACCAGGGAGUGUUCUUCAACCAAGGCCAGUGCUGUACAGCGGCCUCCAGGGUGUUUGUGGAAGAGCAGGUCUACGGGGAGUUUGUGAGGAGGAGUGUGGAGUUCGCCAAGAAGAGGCCGGUUGGAGACCCCUUCGAUGCCAAAACGGAGCAGGGGCCUCAGAUCGACCAAAAGCAGUUUGACAAAAUCCUCGAGCUGAUUGAGAGUGGGAAGAAGGAAGGGGCCAAGCUAGAAUGUGGGGGGUCAGCCAUGGAGGACAGAGGGCUGUUCAUCAAACCCACGGUCUUCUCAGAUGUUACGGACAACAUGAGGAUUGCCAAAGAGGAGAUUUUCGGACCAGUGCAGCCGAUCCUGAAGUUCAAAAACCUGGAGGAGGUGAUCAAAAGAGCGAAUAACACUGACUAUGGACUCACAGCAGCAGUGUUCACUAAAAACCUGGACAAAGCCCUGAAGCUGGCUGCUGCGCUCGAGUCGGGGACAGUCUGGAUCAACUGCUACAAUGCAUUUUAUGCACAGGCUCCAUUUGGUGGCUUCAAAAUGUCUGGGAAUGGCAGAGAACUAGGAGAAUAUGCUCUGGCUGAAUAUACAGAAGUGAAAACCGUCACCAUCAAACUCGAGGAGAAGAACCCCUGAAGGACAGGCCGGCUUCUUCCUCAAAAGCUGGACAGCUGACCGUGGCAACUCCAGCUCGCCACGAGCAGAAAGCAGGAUGACAGUGCUCAGCUUCCCAGGACCCUCUCUUCUGGACACCUGAUCUACUGGAGUUCAAUGGUUUUGACUUUCCUCUCACUCACACGCAUGCUUUAUGGACCAAACUGUGGGCAGACAGAUAGGAUGUGGGAAACUGCAGGGCUGCCUGGAGAGGAACUCUUACCCAGCUCUGACUUUGCCUUUAGACUGAGUGCAGGACACCACAAAGACAGCCAGCGCUCUUAACUAUGAGACAGUCACUGGAGUGUCCCACGGUUAAUUUAAAUGCUUUUUGACCCCAGGAGGGAUAUAGAAUGAGCUCACUAAAUGUUCUGUGAGCAAAUCUGGUCUUUGGGGUCUCUUUGGGGUCAUCUGUGCACACAAGUCCCUCCUCGUUCUGAGGGGGAAAGUGGGAUUAUUCACAAGCAAAGGAUCAGGGUUGAGGUGAAGGGAGGAUUUCAGGGACCCAGUGUGGGGAGCUUAGGGAAGCUGCCAUGGAAAGGCCCCAGAAGCCUUUGGUGUGCAGGGGUGUGGGUCCUAAGGACUGCAUAUGGGCACUGGCCAUGGGGUUCACCUUGAAAACAAUCCUGACUUUGGAAUGACCAAAUCAACAUCCCAAAGAGUUUGCCCUAUAGUUAUGAGAUGGUCUUCCAUGACAUAGGCCCAUCUUAGGCAGACAACGUGUCACCUUUGCCACUGAGGGCUCAUGUUAGAACUACCAUGGCCGAGCAAACCCUGGACAAUGGAGCCUCACAUUUGACCCUCAGAGCCACCAUUCACUUUUACAAAUACCCGUUUCUACCACAUUCAGUAACGGGCACGCCCACUUCCUUUUUCUCUUCUCCAGCUCCAUUACCUGUUUUAGAUCAGUGAAGCUCAUGUCAGCGAGAAAUAGCUGCCACUGCAUAGGUCUGUGGUCUUCAAAAUCCCGUCUGGGCUUUCAUUUAUGAUUGGCUAAUAAGUAACACCUGGAUCCCACAAGGGACCACCAAGUGACCUGGGUACCUCAGUCAUGUUAAAACAUUUUUUCCCUUUCCUCUUUGAUAUAUGCAUAUGAUGUGCAAUUUCAUGUUUGAACUUGGAAAACUAAAACGGUCCCCAUAAAGCUUUAAGGGUAGAGCCACAUUCUUUGGGUUGACUGCUGUUUGGGUAACUUUCACUGUCAGGAAACAUGCACCUGCCUAAUUAGAUGUGAGGCUUACAUUUGAGGAUAAAGUUGGGCUGAGCAAGCUUGAGAAAUUAAGUCUUCUCUCUGAACCAGUGUGUGGUAGAGAAUGUGGGGCGUGACUCGGGGCUCUCAGCCCAGUCGGAGACAAGCAAUAUUCCAUUCACCUUCUUUCCUCCCUCAGCACUUACACUCCCGUAACUAGUUAAAUCAGGAUUUGGCUUCAGACACUGAAUUUUCGGUAUCUCACCAACUCUAGGCACUACCCAUUACCAUAGUACACUAGAGGGUUGCCAUUCUUCCAUUGUACAAUAAUGCCUUUAAUAUGAAAUGUUACAUUAUUUAUAAUUGGUAUCAUUAAUGUAUCUUUUUAUAGCUGUAAGUACACAGAGGUAGUAUAUUUAACCUUCUGUAAUAUACUGUACUUAGAAAUGAAAAUCUAUAUAAUGUUAGAUUUCACUUCUUUUAAGGUUUACCCCUGUGGUAUGGUUUUUUAAAUCAAUUGGAUUGGGGAUUUUGAUCUUAAGUUCAGAUUGUGUGUUCAGCAAUGAAAAAAAUAAAGUUGGACACUGAGAAA